AUGAUUCGAGAAAUAGAGGAUGAUUGCAAUAAAGAGAGCUGGAUCGACCCGCGCGCCUGGCGCGACCGCCUGGAGCGCCUGGACCGGCUGGGGCCCGCGGGCGCCUACUGGCUGUCGCCGCUGCGCGGCCGCUCCCCGUCGCCGCUGCCCCGCGCGGGCUCCGUGCCGCCGAUGCCCCUGCGCGCCUCCUCGCUGCCGCCGCGCCGCUCCUACACCCCGCCCCCGGAAGCGCCCUCCGAGAAGCAGGUCGCUUUCAACUACGCAGGCCAGCCCAUCUACACCCGCGGCGGCAUCACCCGGCGGCCGCUGUCUGAGCUGCUGGAGCCGCUCACCAGCCUGCCCAUGUCGCGCAUCACCCGCGACCCCUGGUGGUGGGAAUACCCCGAGCUGCGACCCUACGUCUCCCCGUGGUCGCUGCCCAGCCACGCGCCCUUCUACCUGCGCGACUCCUACCUGUCGCCCGUCAAGCGCUCCUACCUGUGGAGCAAGCACCCCAUCCGCCCCUUCGCACACUACGGUGCUGUGGAGAAAGCACAUGAUGCUGUUUUGUCAAAAGCUCCUUACGGUGCUUUACCAAAAGCACACUAUGAUGAUGAAUGGCCAAAAGCACACUACAGUGCUUUGACAAUAGCACCCAACGAUGCUACACCCCUUUGCGCCUCGUCGAACUGGUGGGAAUCUAGGCCGCCCCCGCCCCCCCACCGCACCGCUCCCCCGUUUGCCGGCCCCGCCCCUGCCUCAACGCCACGCCCCCCGACCCCCUGCGCGAGCCCUCCGCCACCGCCCACCGCGCCAUCGUUGCCCCGCACGCCCCGCUGUGCUGAGAAGAAGGAAACCCCUCCGGUGCAAGCUGAAUGGGAUGCCAUCAGCUUGGACCGGAUCGCGACCAACAAUCAACUCGGCCACCCCAACGAGUUGACUGACUGGGAGAACGGCCUGAUGCAAACAUGGCCACCUAGAAUGACGUCACCACUAGAAGUCGAACUCGUGAAGCAUGAUUAUUGUUCAAGGCGAGGAUUGUAA